AUGGGCCUCAUUGACAUCAAUGACCCCGCCAAGCGGCGGCGUUUGGACCCUCCCACCGAUGUGGACGCCUAUCCACCUCAGUUGCCACGGCGACCGCAGCUGCAUCCACCCGCACCGGCGGGGCCACGUUCGAGCCUUCAUCCCCAGCUGCACCCAAACCUGCAGGCGACCCCGAGUCCGAGCCCCGUUUGGGAGGAGUUGCCUGCAGGGCCACGGUAUCAGACCCUGUGUGUGCUUGGCAGAGGAUCAUUUGGCACCGUGUGCAAGGCCACCGAGGUGCGAUCCCGGAAGACCGUGGCCAUCAAGACGGUAGCACUCAAUGGUGCCGGCAGAGAGAUGGAAGUCUUACGACGCCUGAGCGGUAGCCCCAACGUCGUUAGCCUCUUGGGCAUCUUCGAAGGUGUUGACCCGGAGGCGCGGACACUGAACUUUGUACUGGAGUACGUCGAGGACACGCUGGGGAGGAUCAUUAAGCAUCAUCGUCAACAGGGUACCGAGAUGGACUUCCACUAUGUUCGAGUCUACAUGUACCAGCUCUUGCGCGGGCUGGCGAGCCUCCACCGCGAAGGGGUGGUACACCGAGAUAUCAAACCGGCCAACCUCUUGGUGGACCCAGCCACUUACUGCCUGAAGGUCUGCGACUUUGGCACGGCCAAGUGGGUCAACACCAGCGAGGUGGGGCAAGCUUAUGUGUGCUCGCGCUUUUACCGUGCGCCCGAGCUGAUUCUGAGCACACGAGACCAAAACACCUCGGUGGACAUGUGGGCGGCUGGCUGUGUCCUGGGCGAGAUGCUCCUUCAUCAGCCGCUCUUCGCGGGUAAGGAUGGCAUCGAUCAGUUGUUCAAGAUCUUUGAGAUCCUGGGCACGCCCAACACGCAGCAGCUCGUCCAGAUGAACCCCUUCUACGAUGCGGGAGUCGUCUUCACCCAAGUUCCGCCUUUGAAGUGGAGCAAAGUCCUUCGGGCUCGUUGGAGUGCGCAGGCGGAGGAGCUUCUGGUGAUGACGCUGCAGUACGACCCAAAGCAGCGGCCACAACCCCUGGAAGCCAUGGCCACGGACUUCUUCGCGGAGCUCCGGAAGAAUCCGCCUAAGACCCGGGUGGCCUCGGAGCUCUUCAACUUCAGCGAGCAGGAGAUGUCCAAUUGCCCCGCCGAGUUGGUGCGGAAGCUGAUGCCCGAGCACGGGAGCCCCAGGGAGGAAGCGGAUCUCCAGUCUGCCGGGCUUCUGACUGCGUUGGAGACCUGCAGGCUUGCCGCCCCAGGCUUGUCCAUUGAGGAGAUCAGAUCAGGGUAUCGGAGAGCCGCCCUCAAGUGGCACCCGGACAAGAACCAGGACAAGCGAGAAGAGGCCGAGGCCAAGUUCAAAGACAUCGCUGAGGCCUACGAUGUUCUCAGCGAUCCCGAAAAGAAGAAUAUCUAUGACCAGUUCGGCGAGGAAGGUCUGAAGGGUGGAGCUCCAGGGUCCAGCGGCGAGGGGGCAGGACCUGGAGCGUCCGGAGCUGGACCCGGCGGCUUUCGCUACGAGUUCCAUGGCGAUCCCAACGACAUGUUCGCCCGCUUCUUCAAGGACUCCUUCCAACGCUCGUCCUCCUUCGGUGAAUCUUCGCCCUUCGAGGACAUGUUUGGCAUGUUCAGUGGGCCAGGUGGCAUGGGCAUGGGUCCGAUGGGCAUGGGCGGUAUGCCCGGGAUGAGCGGCAUGGGCAUGGGCAUGGGUGGGAUGGGUGGCAUGGGAAGCCAACAGCAGACGCCCAGGCCCGCAGUCUUUGACCUUCACUGCUCAUUGGAGGAGCUCUUCAAUGGUGCAACAAAGAAGAUGAAGGUGAAGAGAUCCUCGAGCACGUUGAGCCGUGAACCUGAGGCGGUCUUGGAGGUCAACAUCAAACCCGGAUGGAAGGCAGGUACCAAGGUCACCUUCCCGGGCGAAGGCGAUGAAAUCGCUGCCACCGGAAAGGCACAGGAUGUGAUCUUCGUGAUCCGAGAAAAGCGCCACAACGUCUUCACCCGGGAGGGCUCCAACCUCUUGCACCACAAGACGAUCCCUUUGGUGGACGCCUUGACGGGCUGCAAGGUGGAUGUGAAGAUGUUAGACGCUGCGGAGCGCAUUUUACGGGUCAACAUCCGCGACAUGGUGACUCCCAACUACGCCAAAGUGGUGAAAGGCGAAGGUAUGCCUUCGAGCAAGUGUCCCGGUGAGAAGGGCGACCUGAUCAUCACCUUCGACAUCGUUUAUCCCAAAGCCCUCAGCGAGGAGCAGAAGGAAAAGCUGAGAACGAUCCUCCCCAGAUAG